ACUUACUAUCGUAAGCUGUGGCUGGUAUUUGUGUAAUAAGAAUAGCAUCACACAGAUUACAAUAUGCACUAUGGCCUUGGUGGUUGACGACACCUUAUCAAUUAGUAGGGUCAUACUGUUAUCGUCUCGAACGUAUUUUUAGAACACUUCUAGUUGUUAGUUGUUACCCCACAAGGAACAUUCCUCAAAAAUGGUGCUCUCAAUGGAACGUUGGGUUGGAAAAGUUGCCGUAGUAACGGGGGCGAGUGCCGGAAUCGGCGCGGCGAUUGUAAAAGAGCUGGCCGAAAAAGGAGUGAAGGUGGUCGGCUUGGCGAGGCGCAAGGAAAAGAUCGACGAAAUUGCGAAGUCUGUAAAAACUGGCAAGAUUUAUGCGGUUAAAGCCGACAUCAGUAAGGAAGAGGAUAUUUUAAGCAGCUUCGAAUGGAUCAAGAAAAACGUGGGCCCGAUCAGCAUACUCAUUAAUAAUGCCGGGAUUAAACGUAACACCAACCUCACCGAUGGUAACACCGAGCAGUGGAGGGAAACCUUCGACACGAACGUCUUGGGAUUGUGCAUCGCCACACGGGAGGCUGUUAAGGAUAUGAGAGCUAACAAGAUCGAUGGCCAUAUUAUUCAUAUAAACAGCUUGGCAGGUCACCGAGUAUCCACCAGAGUUGUUACCAACGUCUACCCGGCCACCAAGUUCGCGGUAACAGCCCUCACUGAGACCCUAAGACAGGAAUUAAAUUCUAUCGGAAGUAAAAUUAAAAUUUCUAGUAUAAGUCCGGGAGCUGUUCGAACUGACUUCAGAACGGCAUCUAAUCUUGUUGAAGAUGAGAAGGUAUUAAGCAAGUCGCCUUAUUUGGAACCAAAGGAUGUAGCUGAUGCAGUUGUUUAUGUUCUAUCUACUCCUCCACAUGUUCAAAUUCAUGACCUACUAAUGCACCCAGUGUAAAUUGAGUUGUUUUGGUUACUUUCAAAUUAAAUUGUGGUUGCAGUGC